AUGUCCGACCUACCCUAUAAGUUCAAGGUCGAGGCCAAUGAAUCAAUUCGUGUUGCCUUCCCCGACAAAUAUAAUAGCAACCGAAAAGACCUCGAGACCUUCAUCUUUCAAGUAGAGAUCUACUUCAAUUUCAACUACGAGAAGUUCGAGGCCAACUACAACCAACAAAGCCUUUGGAACGGAAUGAAGAAAGAAAUACGACGAAUGUUUGGAGACAUCGAUGCCACUCAAGUAGUAGUACGAAAGAUACUUGAUCUUCGCCAAACUGGGACAGCUCUUGUUUACGCAACAGAGUUCCAAAGAUACAGCACCAAGACAGGAUGGGAUAGCCUUGCUUUGAUGGAAUUAUUCUGUCGAAGAUUGAAGGAACACAUCUGUAAGGAGAUAGCACGACAGAACAUAGUCUACAACGACAUUGAAUUCAAGAAGAGCCACGCUCCACGAGAAAGCCAAAAAGGAAACCACCAGUCCGGACAGGGACACCAGUGGAAGAAAACCAGAACAAUUGGCGCGACUCAACAUGGAGGAAAGAAAUUCGUCUCGAACGAGGAACGAGACAAGCGUCGGGAGAAAAGCUUAUACUUUGAGUACGGACUUCCAGGACACCAAGCUGCCUCCUACUAUAAAGGAAAGCCCCAAGGGAACAAACAAGCUUGGAAAAGAAAGUCUCGACAGGUCAAUGCUACCAGCUACCGACAAGUGAAUACAACUAGACGAAAGGAUCUGACCGAAGAAGACCUUGAGUCUAUAAGCAUCCACAGCCAGCUUGGAGCUAUAGAAGCUCAGCAAGCCAAUAACCCCCCACCAUACCAGAUAGUAGAGGACUUAGCACUACGAAUAGAAGCUACUAGUCUAGAAGAUUCGACCUUAUCCGACUCUCGGGAGAAGCCCGAGGAACCUAGUAGGUAG